AUGAAGCGGGUAGUGGCUAGAGUUUGGGAAGUUUGCGAAAGGACAAUAAUGAAGACUGCCAUACUUCUACAACCACCCAUUGCUAGUUAUGCCCAUGCAGCCUCUCGACAGCGAACCAUGUUGCGGCUGACGUCAGUUCAGAUGGAGCGGUACAAUGAGAUGUUCAACUACACUCUCACAAGCGAGAAGGCCAAAGCAAUACGUUUGCCUUCAGUUGGACCAAUGUUCAUUUUUGUUCUCGGGGUUCGAUUGGAGCUGGCUCGAGAGUGGUUGAGCGUUAGAUCAAAGUGGAAAAUACCAGAUGGAGCGGAGAUGGACAUCCUCACCAUGGACACCUUGAUUGAAGAUUGCCGUGAUUGUGUUGAUGAGGCUGUACGAGCGAAGCUGUUUUUUCUUGACGUUAUUCAAUCUAUUUGUCCGAAAGGAAGGAACGGAAAACUUUGUACGGCGGAUUUUGAGAACACGCUCAAGGAUGUAUUCGAGAAAUACCUCGGCUACGUCGAGCGCUGGUGUGAUUCGAUCGCACAAAAUGGCGAUCUCGGAAGGUUGUUUUCUAGGUUAGAGGAAGAGUGGCGCACAGCAUUUCAAUGUUCACUUCACAUUCAUUCCGGUCUAGACAUGCUCGCGUCAUCAUUCUGCACCUAUUUUCCUCAUCUGCUGGAUGAGCUUGUGGUGAAGUUUUGGGAAACAAGUAUGGACAAAAUCUCGGAGAAACACGGCGUCCGUGAGUCAGAGGAUGAGAGAAGUUUUGACGAGACUGACAACGGCUAUGACAGCCAAACUCGUGAGCAGACGACGAUGUUCAGUGCCUUCAGAGCGUACAAUAGUGUAAUCAGAGAGGUUGAUUUUGGCGAGGAGUCAGUUGCUGUGUGUGUGCUGAUCGACUCGGCAUGCUAUGAUCGAAGGCGUUGGCACAGGACUUGGUCACUGCACUUGCUGAAGGAAGAAAACCUGAAUAUGGGCGGAUUCUUGUGGUUGUGGAAUUACCGGCGAGUGAAACUCACUCUCGAGGAAAAUGUAAUGGAAAACAUUCACUACCUGCGAACAGAUGUGGUCUGUGCUGUUGGUGUGGAUUGUAGAUUGGAAAAGCGAUAUCCCGGAAUGUUUGAGCUGAUGCUAACGUCUUGUUCAUCGCAUUACAACCUACAUCGGGAAGUAUGUCGAUAUGUAGGCGAUUCGUAUUUGGCAGAUUUUGGUAUGCAGUUGGUAUCGCGAGGUCUCGACGUCAUACAUCAGUGGAAAGAGCUGGUAGCCAUUAUGAAGCCACAACCAUCUCCUCAUAUACCGCUUUGGGCUAGUCAUGCGUUCAAUUUCAUUCAUUUUCUCACUGACCCAAAAUAUACGGAGUACCUUCUGGACUACCAAUUUCAAGUUCUGAAAGCUGAUGUUGAAGAAUGUAAAAGACUUGUGCUUGGUGACAAGGAUGCUAUAACGGUGACACCCAGAAGUCGAAGUUCCACGAUGAGCUCGCGAAAAACUUCAGAUGAGAUCUCGUCAAAGCUGAAAAAAGUGUCGCUUGAAUCUCGUCGGGCGAGACUUGAAGCUGCCGCAUUAGAAACAGACGCGAAGGUGGCAAAAAGAGUAGGUUAUCAGUUUCUGACCGUAUGCUUCUGUGGAAGUGGAAGCAUCUACGAUGGACCCGCAGAUUUCGAUUACUCCUAG